UUUUCCUGUUCCUUUAUGGAGAGUCUGACACGUCUACUAUACCAACAACAGGAGGAGAAAAGGGUUUGCAUAUUUGCAUAAUUGAUUGGAAGCACGGGAAUUUCGGUGGUUCUGAAAAAGGGAGCUCUGCGUCUUUAAGGCUCCAUGGAGCUUCAUCUCUGCUCGACGCAGACAGACCAGCUCUGCCGCAGCGACUCAUCCUAUCGAUAAGGUUCACUUAGCCAAGGUGGAGGAUGGGAAAAGAAUGGAGCUGUCCCAGCUACUCAAUGAGAUCAGGGCAAACUAUGAAAAGCUCCUCAUGAGAAAUCAGAUAGAGACCGUGCUCUCAUCAAGGAUCCAGCUAGAAGAAGAUAUGAGCAAAAAAAUGGACAAAGAUGAAGAGGCUUUAAAGGCAGCUCAAGCAGAACUCAAGGAAGCUCAACGCCAGUGGCACCACCUGCAAGUGGAAAUUGAGUCUCUCCAGGCGGUGGAAAGGGGCCUGGAAAACUCCCUACAUGCCAGUGAGCAACAUUACCAGAUGCAGUUGCAAGAUCUAGAGGCGGUGAUUGAAGGACUAGAAAAAGAGCUACAGGAAGUAAGGCGCGGCAUCGAAAAGCAGCUUCAAGAGCAUGAGAUGCUUCUCAACACGAAGAUGAGGCUAGAACAAGAAAUCGCCACUUACCGCCGCCUCCUAGAAAAGGAAGAAAUCAGAUAUUAUGGUUGUAUCCAAGGUGAGAAAAAAGAACAAAAACCUACGACAAGUAGAGUUGGUUUUGUUUUACCUUCAGCCAUUAUAAAUGAAAUAUCUUUUUCAACGAAACUCCCACAAAAGUAUGAGAACGAAAAAGUGGAAACAGUAACCAAACAGGCAAUACUAAAUGGCAAUAUCGUGAAGGAAAGCACUGAGGCUCGUGGCACUAUUCAGACAGAAAAAGUGGAUGAAGUUAUUAAAGAAUGGGAAGGCUCCUUCUUUAAAGAUAACCCUCGAUUAAGGAAAAAAUCGGUUUCUCUUCGAUUUGAUCUUCAUUUAGCAGCCACUGAUGAAGGGUGUUUACAGACUAAGCAGGAUAAUCUACCGGAUAUAGAAGUCAGGCUUAUCAUGAGAAGAUCAUGCAGUAUCCCCUCUAUCAAACCUCCAUCAGGAGCUAAUUAAUCCAAAGACAGUAUUUGACUUGAUUUGAAAAUGACAUUAGGGAGGACCAAGGUGGGCCAUGCUGACUGCCUUCUGUCCCAAAAUGUAAGUUAUUAAGUAUGUAUGUUAUGAUCAAUGUGUGAUUCUCUUCAGAAAACAAACAGGAAGGGACAAAAUUUCUCUGAAUCUAAUUACGGAUGUAUUCUUUGAAGAGAGGGAGUUUCCAAAUAAAAUCAGAAAUUCAGUAUGGUUUCUAUUUUAUUUACUCCAAAUAGUCUUUUCCUCUUGAAAUUUUAUCAGAGACUAUAAGCGUUAAGGUGGCUUGGUUAAGUCUUUGAAAUUUCACUCAGUGGCCAAAUAUUCUAAGGAAAGGGAACAAUUUGUUUAAGUAUGAUUGUAUUAUAUUAAGAAUCACACUGACUUAUUCAUCAUUAUUCCAUGACUGGUUAGAUCUAAAAAGAUUUUUCUACUUAAAAAAGAAAACAAUUGUAAACAAACUUUUAAAGAGGACUCACUAAUCACAGAACCAAAAAAAAAAUUUUUUUUGAGACAAUCAUUUGCAUACUUAGAAAAAUAACAGAGCCACUUUCCACGAGCCAUUCCAAGCAAACUAUAGAACACACCCCUGGCUAAUUUGAUGAUUAAAUAAAUUUAAAUUAAUCUUCAUCCAAAAGCUUUUUGUAAUCAUGAUCUGAUUUCCAGAAGAGUUACUUUAUUCAAGGAACUUUAAGGUUGUGUCCUCCCCCACAAAAAAAUCAGAAGGCCAGCAGCACAAACAGAAGAUGAAAAUCUCAUUCUCGUUGCUACCGUUACUAGAAUAGAGUCCUCUAAUCUCACCAUCCCAACUUUUCCAUCUGUAAAGUUAAAUGUGACUAAUUUUAAUAUUCAAUGUGAGCAUUAGGUAAGAUACUAUGUAAAGUAUUACAAAUAUUUCUUGCAAUCAUUUAUGUGAAUUAAGAUAACAAUAUUGUUAUCUAAGCGAUGAGUAUUUGCAGGAUUUCUGUUUUUAAACUGUUCAAACUAUAAUAAAUAGGGACAGAAAAUCUAUUUGUGAAUAAGUCAAGUAUUGUAGCAAAGUUUUUUAAACAACUUAAUUUGUUUAAUACAGGCAUAUUUAUUUAUUUUAAGACCUUAAAUAAUAAAUACCUGUUUUAAAACAUUAGAAAUUUAUAGGCUAUCACUUUUUUUCUAAGCAGAAAAAAAUGUUGAUUACAACUCACCAUACUUUUUUCCAGCUAAAGUAUCAUCGAAGGGCUACAGCUCAGUUAGCAUUUUUAUUACCAAUCUUUGCAGUCUCUCUUUCUCUCCUUUAUUUCACACAGAAUAAAAUGUGUAUUUUAACCAGGAGAAAAUUAUGUUAAAUCAUCUUUAACAUAAUGCAGGAAUAUAAAAUUUUAAUUUUUUUUUUCAAUUGCUUUAGAUUCCUUUUAGCCUCUCUUAUUCUAUUUAGCAAAAGGGAUGAUUUUGUUUUGUCAAGGAUAGGACAGCAUGUUAAAUGCUUAUUCUUGUGUAAGCAUCUGACCUAAAAUACAUCCUGUACAUAGUGUUUUCAUUCAAUAUUAGUUAAAUGGUAUGCUACUAACUUUAUUAAUGCUUUAAAAAAUGCACUCAUGUAAACUAUUGUAUUAAAGUCACUGUACUCAGCAACAAUAAUCAUAAUAAAACAAUAUAUCUAGUGUAAUCUACAUGCAGUGUUCAGAACAGUACUGGGUAUCAUGAAUGUAACUGCUUGUUAUAGUAAUUCUGCUAUGCAGCUCUUGUGUGUAUGACAUGUACAUUUUAAAAUACAGUACUUGAAUUUAUAAAAAAAAAUAUUUUAUUUGCUUUGGGGCAUUUUAAAUCGGGAUAUGAAUUUACCAAAGUAAAUGAUACCACUACAGUAAAAAAAAA